AUGACUAUCAGGCCAGUCGGCAACCUUCAUGAGAUCGAGCAUGUCCCCUCUCAAGAGCCCCUCGUCCAUUUCCCUGUGGGUUUCCCUGGAAGUCAAACUCCAUCCUCUAUCAUCAACACAUCCUGGCACCACAGCAACAUCACCACUCACUUGCACUCGAUGGGCUACUUCGUGGGCAUCACCAGCACCGGCUUCGUGGGGACCGACGAGCUGAGUGCGGUGACCUCUUUUCAACCAUGUCAUAUCUUUGGUGAUCAGAUGCUCAUCGGCACGGGAAUUCGUGUUGGAUUCUACCUGCUUUAUAUCGCUGCCAUUGUUGCCGUCCUGUUUGGCGUUGACAAGCAAUUCCGUUUCUGGCACGGCGCAUGGGGUAUUCUGGCCCUGUCCCUCUUUUUGUCCAUGUUCCUCAACGUUGUGGACUACAAUUUGAUUAUCAUUGACUACGCCAUCUUGAUCCAGCUCGUACUCUGGUAUCCAGUCUAUUUCGUCUUCACUGUUCUCUUCCGACAGGCAUUGGUGGUUGAUGGGAGGAGGGGAGCCAAGACCGACACAGAAUAUCGAGAGCGUCUUCAGCGGUGUCGACAGUCAGCAGUGACAGAGCUGGAUGUUGCACGAGCACGAGCCUAUUCUGAUGUUUUGAAAGCAUUUGCUCUACAUGCGGCGGCGGAGGAAGCAGACGCAGACCAUGACGCUGCUCAAGAAGCCCUUGUUCAUGCGGUACAGCACUACGUCUCCCACUGGCAUGAGCAGAUCGAGGUCCCGGCCGAGGACGGCUCUCAGCUGGGGAACAACACCGACGGAGGGGCCGUGACAACAGUCUACAACACUGAGCUGAUCGAGGAAAUUGCAGCCGCUCCCACCCGCGCCGAUAUUGACAAGCUCCGGGAUCUCUACGUUGCGGCAUUGGUCCAUUCCAACCACUCCGUGGCCGAAGCCCGAGCCGCUGAGCAUGAGGUUGCCCUCAUUGCGUCUGAAGAACUCGUCAUCAAGCGCCGAGCACGACGACCCAAGAAUGCCUUCUGGCAUUUCUUGCUGACAACCAGUUACAAAGACCAGCUGACGGCUGCCAUCGGGCUCUUGAUCUGGUCGAUGUACAUGUUUGGGACGGCGGCACUAAACUGGCCACUUCUCCGCAAUGGUAACAAGCAAGGUGGCACCUGUGACAAUGUUCCAACCGUUUACUUUGUCCUGGCGCCGAAGAAGCCUUUCGCAGAUGCAGGAUUUGCCACCUUUCUUCGGGUCUGGACCGUCGGAGUUUGCAUCGUCGCUGUCAUCACCACGGCCGUUGCCCUGUUUAUCUUGUUUGUCAGCUUUUUUGGCCCCGCUGCACUUGGUCUACGCCAGAAGGAGAGGAAGAGGAAGGGCAAGAAGUCAGUCGAGUCAGGUCAAGGAGAGUACGUCUAUGAUGUCCGGAGCUCACCAGGCUACUCUUGCAAAGCUCGUGGUCGACACACGCAGGAGAUCCUUUCCUGCAUUCACCAGACUCAGUCCCGAACAAUCAGACAUCGAUACCAAAGCAGAACAACCUCGCCAAUUCAGUUCACCCUGUGGAAUAUCCCCUGGGCCGUUUUGCUAGCUGUGCUGUUGUUGGUCACGAUCGUCUGUGCCGAGCUGACCAUCAACAGGCAAGGCCCCAACAACAACAUGCCGUUGGAUUUUGCUCGGCCGCCUCUUCGCGAGACUUCGGAGAUCCUUGGCUUCUUGAUUGGGUUGUAUUCUCUGGUGUUGACGCUACUCAGUGUGAUCGGGGCGUUUGUUGCGGCCAUCUUUCGCAAGCGUCGCCGAGGCAAUCAGCAUGACGAGCAGCAUAUCCACUACUAUCGACGUGAGAAGGGGGGUCAAGUAGGGAGGUCCGAACAGCCUGCAUUGGUGGAUUGA